UCUGAGAAUUCGUUAGCGCAUCGGAGAGUAGUCGAGAGUGAGCGAAGGUUUUUCAUUCACCAUCGAUGUGUGAUCGGUUGUUAGGUAAACUCUCGCUAUAGUUGUUAAAAUAGUGCUCGGUAGUCGGAAAAGUCGUGAAAAUCCUCACACACGAUUCGUAAGCCGCAGGAAUACAUUCACGUGUGUAUGUGAGGUGUUGGUGUGCGAUCGGAAUCGAAGGGGAGCACUUUUUCCGCUCCGCUGAGGAAUCAAAACGCGCGAUUGAUAGUUUUUAAUUCGCGUAUCAGUUGUUUUCCGAUUUUUUUUUGUUCCGGUCAGCUCCGUGCGUUUGUUGUUGAUCCGAAGUGUGACACAGCGUGUAGUGUGUGGAAAAUCCGCUCCGUGCCAGUCAGAGCAGUGUGUUUGUGCGAUUUGUUGCAGAGGAAAUACUGAUCCAAAAGUGAAAUAACUCUUGCAGCAGCCGCCGUCGAAGCAGUGCAUCAUCAGAAGCAACAUCAACAGCGCAGUAGUAGAUUGCAGUGUAGAAAACAACCAAAAGGAGGAAAAUCAAAUCGAGAAGCAAACCGAACCGAAUGAGCGAAUAAUAUUCGUUGCUUUCUGAGUGAGUGGAGCUGGAAAUCAGACGAAGAAAGAGAUUAUAAUAAUGAUGGAAAAAUUAAAAUAAAAUGAAAUUAUGAUAAUGGCAUAAGGAGUGUGGUGGAGGAAAAAAACGAAUAAACUGUGUGAGCGCUCAGUCUGGGAUGACCAACCAGUGUAAGUGUGCAGAUUUGUGCAGCUGAGAAGAGCAGUGCUUAAAAUCCUAUUAGAGAGUGCAGUGCUGCUGCUGCCCUGGACGACAUCCAAUGCCGGCCGGUGAGGAAGUGGACGCAGGGUGUCUGUGAUCAACCACCGGAGGUUCUAAGCACGCUAACCCGCUAUCUCCUGCCAGCGAGCGCAGCGCCAAGUGUGCAUGAAGCAGCAGACGAUUCCUAAUGUGCGCCGCGUUGCUCUUUCGUCUGCCGGCUCUAGACUGACUAAACUAACUAACGGCUGAAGAGUGGAGCGAAAAUAAAUAUUUUUACGAUCAUUUGUGCGUCAAGGGCUUGGGUUGAGCCCUUCUUAUCUGAAACACAGAUUUCACGAGGGAAGUUUGUAGCGCAGCAGAAUAAGAAAAGUGCACCACGGACGAACGGUGGAGGUGAAAAUCAAGUCCGUAUUGUUUGUAUAAAAAUAGUUAUCAUAAAAUUAAAUAUUAAUAAAGAGGCCCCUGCUCAGUACAGAGCCGCCGCAGAACAAGUGAACAUUAAGCAGAACCUCGUCGCGGUUUGGGGCUAAAUGAGUGUGGGAUAGUGGCGCGAAGCAGAGCAAUGAGCGAGCGAAAAUCGGUGCAGAAAUAAAUUGUGCGAGGUUAUGAUUCCAUGUGUAUAAUUUUUGAUAAUAAAUUUUUAUUGAGAAAUAUUGUAUUGUAAUCAAAUUCAGAUCGCAUAGUUGAAGCAUUAGUGGGGCUUUAUGACUGUUUGGCGCUGCCUGCCUGCUAGUGCGUGAUUGUGUGAAAAGAACGGGCCUCGAACGCAGGCAAUAAAGCAAACAACGAAUUAAACAGAUUAAUUAUCGGGUGCUUGGCUCGAAUCUGAUUAGUGCGCGAAGCGACCAUUUGCGGUACAGUACCGUGUAAUUAACCAAUAAGGCACACCACUGCGCGAGAUACAGUGUAACUGCACCGUAUCGACCCAUCGAGUGAGAUUGACAGGCAAGAGGCCAGGACGCCCCAAUAAACCGCGAAAAUUUCCGCCUUACUCGACGCCCGCACGGUUCCACAAAAAUUCUGCAAACUGGAACCAUAUGACGUAAGCACGAUGUACGCGUACGCGCAGGGUGGAUCGCAAGGUCCGCCACACUACGCUACGCCGAGCCAAGCGUACCUCCCGGCGAGUCACCAUCCGGCCUACCCGCCGUACCAUCCGGGCCCGUCGACACCGCCGGCCACGAUCACCUCGUACAACAACGUGGCCGGGCCGUCCUCGCUGCUGGGUCACCACUAUGCGUCGCCGCACCAUAUGCCACCGCCGCCGCCUCCGAUAGCGUCGGCAACGCAUGGCUCGUCGGCGGCGGCAGCGGCCGCAGCAGCAGCAGCCGCCGCCGCAGCCGCAGCGGCCGGUGUUAGUCCGAUGCAGACCGACCCGCAGCUGACGGAUUUGAACGUGCAGCUGGGGAUUCCCAAGCGAAGAAGAUCUGAUGAGGAUAGUGCUAGUGGUAACAAAUACAACAAAAUGGAAGAAGACAACGUUCAAGAGCGGGAGCGAUUCGCAAGUAGGGAAAACCACUGCGAAAUCGAACGGCGGAGGCGAAACAAAAUGACCGCCUACAUCACGGAGCUGUCGGACAUGGUACCCACGUGCAGUGCCCUGGCGCGGAAACCGGACAAACUGACGAUCCUGCGGAUGGCGGUGGCACACAUGAAGGCGUUACGAGGGACCGGAAAUACCAAUACCGAUGGAUCCUACAAGCCUUCGUUUCUCACGGAUCAGGAGCUAAAACACCUGAUACUGGAAGCUGCAGACGGAUUUCUGUUUGUGGCUGGCUGUGAUACGGGCCGUAUUAUCUACGUGUCCGAUUCGGUAACACCGGUGCUGAACUACACCCAGAACGAGUGGUACAGCGGAAGCUUCUUCGAUCAUAUACACCCGGACGAUAUCGAGAAGGUGCGGGAGCAGCUCUCGACGCAGGAGCCCUCCAACAGCGGUCGAAUAUUGGAUCUCAAGACGGGCACGGUCAAGAAGGAAGGUCAUCAAUCAUCAAUGAGAUUAUGUAUGGGUUCGAGGCGAGGUUUCAUUUGUCGGAUGCGAAUCGGUCCCCUGACACCGGAAUCGAUGGCCUUGGGCCAUCUAAAUCGGUUACGACGGAAAAAUUCACUAGGUCCCUCUCCCGAUGGUCAUAACUACGCGGUCAUGCAUUGUACCGGCUACAUUAAAAACUGGCCCCCGACUGAUAUGUUUCCAGGUGUCACGAUCGAUCGGGGCCAGGACGACGACCUGCACAACACCCACUGCUGCCUGGUGGCGAUAGCGCGGCUUCAGAUUACCUCCUCCACCACGGCCAACGACCUGAACGCGAACAACCCGAACGAGUUCAUCUCGCGGCAUGCCAUGUGCGGGAAGUUUACGUUCGUGGACCAACGGGUUAUCGGAGUGCUCGGCUACCAGCCGGUGGACCUGCUGAACAAGAGCUGCUACGAUUUCUUCCACCCGGACGAUAUCGCGCACAUGAAGGAGAAUUUUGAAUCGGUGCUGAAGCAGAAAGGGCAGAUGUAUUCGGCGAUGUACAGGUUCCGAGCGAAAAACAAGGAAUGGGUGUGGAUGAGGACGCAAGCGUACGCCUUCCUUAAUCCCUACACGGACGACAUUGAGUACGUGGUGUGCACUAAUAGUUCUGCAAAAUCCCUGCAUUCAACGCACGACGCGGUGGGAGCAACGGACCCAACGGACACACCCGUGUCCUACCAGGCCCCCGGGCUGGACUACUCGAUGCCAAGCCGGCGUGAAACGACGCCAUCUAGUAGUAUAUACAAUCCUCACAAUUUGAUUUCACACUUGCCAUCACAACAACCGCCAUCAGCAGCGACAGCCGCGGCCGCCGUGGUAGCCAACGCCUCGAUCCAACGGCCCGAUAGUGCGCACAACCCGGUGCAAUAUAGCUAUAAUCCAACGCCUUCUCCUAUCCAAUACGGUUCCCCUGGGACGCCUGGAGCAUCCGGUUCGCUUGGACACAUCUCCAAAACAAACAACACCUCGCCAACGCCUGCAGCGACCGCAUGGUCGUUACGACAGCCCCAACCCGUUACCGAAGGUUACCAGUACAGUGAGCUCAGUCCGAAUCGAUCACCGACGGGGCCAACGUAUACGCAGCUCAGUGCGACCGGAUCCCGGCAAACAUCGACAUACACGCCAUCCUCCGCGCAACCUGGCUCGGGUAUCUGGACGGGCUGGCAAGCGCAUCACCCCGCCGCACCGGAACCAAUGCAAACCAGCAGUAGUAGCGCUAGUGGGGCCGGCGGUGGAGGCGGCAGCAGUAGCAAUAGCUCAGCCAGUACCGCUCCGCCCCACAUAUCGCAGCAGGAAAUCCCGCCAGAACAUGCACAGCACAUGCAGCAGCAUCACGCGGCCCUGCAGCAUGGACACGGACCGCACAGUCAACAGCACCACGGGCACCAUCCCGGUCAUCCGCAGCACCACCCGCAUCACCCGCACCAUGCCGCACAUCAGGUGCAUCACCCGGGACACCAUCCGGGGCAGCAUCAUCCAGGGCAAGGCCACGAACUAUCCGACAUGCUGCAGAUGUUGGACCAGAGCGGGGCCACCUCGUUCGAAGAUCUGAACAUUCACAUGUUCAACACGCCAUUCGAAUGAAAUUUGUUGUAUUAUGGUUAUAACAAUUAUAACCAGACGGCUGCGGCGGCGGCGUCUUACCACAGUGGCAAUGGCAGCGGAGGUGGUAGCGGACUCGGCAAUGGCACAGUCAGCGGCGCUGGCAGUACCGGGUUGGGAGGAGGGUUUGUUGGAGGCCUCGGGGGGAUCACCAAUGGAAACCACGGGGUCACGGCAACGGCAGCUGCCGGCGGUUUCACCGGCUUUGGGGGCUAUCUGAAUGAACAAAUGUAAAUAGUUGCGGGUAGGUUCAUUGGACUCUUUGGUUGGGAUUUUCUUUAAAGCGGAGCGUCCUCGUCCAUGGAAUUAUAAAUAGUAGCUAAAAUGGCGGCGAUUGGAAGAGCUUUAAUUUUUAUUGUUUUGUUAUGUGAAUACACAAGCACACGCUCAAUAGAUGUUCCCUUUUUCAGAUUAAAAAACAGAACUUUUGUCUCACUUUUUAUUCAACUCAAUACCGUGAUUUUCGUAACGUCUCUCUUAUAUUCGACAAGAAUCUGCCAAUCGACCAUUAAACGACCGAAUGGUGAAGGACACGGCACUAUUUUAAAAACUCGGGCUAAUCUAGUUCUAAUUUAAUAUUUUCAAAUUUUAUUCAGGACUUUUCGGGGUUCAUAGCGAAUAGAAGCAAAAUCAAAAUCAACGAAGAAAACAAUGUUUAUGGCUAUUAUUAGGAGUAUAAGACAAUGAAGGCGGCGUAAUGAGAAAAAAAGAGUUAAGUAAAUUCAUAUAGCUGUAAUUGUAUUUGUUUUUAUCGUUAGGCUUUUUUUUGCGUUUUUUUAACGGCCAAGCAUAUGCCGAAUGUCGAUUUUAUGUAUUAUGGUUCAAUAUUCCUGGCUGUCUUAAGUCUAGUGAUCGUUAUCCGGAAUGAUGAGCAAAAAAUAAACUUCGUGUUCAACUUCAAUUUUAAAUAUGAAAUAAAAACAAAACAACAAAAUCUCUGUUUGAAAAGUUAAAACGAGCUUCUAUCCAAUGCUUUGAACGAAGUAGUAAUUUCCAAACAUUAUCCUGAAAUAUGGAAUUUCAAGUUACAAGGCAUCGAAUUACUCUUCAAUCAUGCUAUAGAACCACAAUAAAUCCAUCCAUGUUACUAGGGAUGUUUUGUUGAUACCGCGAUCGCCUCCAAUUUUGUGCACUUCCUAUUGACAUUGAAAAAUUCAUGAAAUUUUUUAUUUCCACCCUUGCAUAAUAUUAUUUAUUCUCGCAACUACUCGGCUACUCAAAACAAACAUCAGUACUUGACAUUCUAUAACCAAUAAUAGAUAUAUCGAAACAUGCGUUGAAUUAGGCCCGAGGUGCGCAGAAUAUGGUGCUUUUACGGGUUUGUUUUUUUAUAAUAAUGUCGGGAACUAUCCUGCCCGAUUAGCAUAAAAGUCCCAUGCCAAUUUUUACCGAUUUUGAUUUUUUCUCAGAACUAAGUUUAAAAUUGCCUCCUAUUUAAGAAAAAUUGAUAAAAUAAUAAGCUUCGUUGUCGCUAUUUAUUCGCAUACCAUUCACAUAUCAGAUUUUGAUACACUUUUGCACAAAAAAUAAACAUAUUUUUUUAUUAAUUUAAUAGUUCCAAAGCUAUGUAUACAAAUAUAGAAUUUUAUGUCAAAUUUUCGGAAAAAUUGCAGGUUUUAUGAAUUUCUUCGUGUAAAACGUGUUUGAAAAAUUCAACGGCAGAUUACUCAAGUUGGAGAAAACUGACAUGGGACGCUUAUGCGAAUAGGGGAAAUAUUCAUCUCAAUUCAAUCAAAGUGAUUGGUCUAUUUUUUGGGCAACAAUCACCCAAACCCAACUUGGACUUUAAUUUAUAAUGUUUCAAAAACUAGAUGUGCAUAUGCACAGUAUGUGGAAGAGCGUCAAAUAGAGUGGUACACGAGCCGAGCACGGAUGCAUGUGUUCAUUUUGUGUUGAGUACUUCUGUAACUACUACGGUAAAAACGCAGAAAGCAGUAUAAGGAUAACAUCUAAUUGUUCAACACUUUUUUCCCGUUCCCGGAUUUUACUGCCCAGUACAGCUUUACUUCACAUUUCAACUGAACGACUUUUUGUACAUCUAAAGAUAUCAGCCAUAAUUAAAAAAAAACAAUUAAAUCAGUGUAAGGCAACUGAGUAAUAAACGUACCGAACGGAAAUAUGGAUGCUGCUCAAAUAGAUUUACUCCCUACUUGUGAUUCUAAUAACGAUCAUUAUUAUUAUUUAAAUCCUUUAUUUCAAAACUUCAAAAUUUCCCGAAAAAAAUGAAUAUAGGUAAAAAAGAAUCACAUUAUACAUCAUUAGGUUCGAAUGAGAAGUGAGAGUAACUAAGGUAGAGAGCGGACCCGCUUCAUUCGAAGGUGUGAAUAAAUUUUGUAAAAAAAAGCAUCAGAACAAAUUCCAUUUUCUAAAAAGAUCAAACCUAUAUCAUUAAAGUAAAACUCAAGACAAAGAUUCCUAUCGAGCAUGUCACCAAGCAGGAGAAUCGCGUUUUUGCAGACAAAAAAAAACAAAAAUUCUUUAUCUCUACCUGUAAGAAAUUACUACUCUUUAGGCUCUGAACUUAAAGACAUCUCUAAACGGCUAAUGAGUAAGUCUUUUAGUUUUGUUUCAAAAGGAAUGACAUUGAUUCAUCAGAAGCGAAUGAGGAUAAAUUUAAACAAUUUAAUUUUGAACGACCGCUUAGAUUAUGUAAUUGUAGACUUAAUAAAAACAACCAUUAACUUAAUUUAGUUAUAUUGAAAAAGAGAAAGAGAGUUGCGUGAAUUUAGCGAAUGCUAAAUGAUUCCUAAUGAGCGAUUAUAUUUUCAUCCCCCGUUUGUAAUAGUUACAGCAAUAGAAUAUAGGUUGGAAAAUUCUCUUCCUCUACGUUUUAGGAAUGCAACAAAACUGCAACAACGCCAUCUGUUUUUACCGUUUGUUUGUUUAUUUUUUUGUAGGAUUAUUUUAAAAGUAUAAAUAGUAAUUUCCUAUUACAUUCUAGAAGAUAGAGAUACGCAACACGAUUGACUGUUUUCAUGACAAGUCAAAUGCCGAAAGCCUCUUAUAUCAGAGCAGAUAGGGGGCGUUCACCAUUAUUCCUGAUUAUUUAACCUAAACAAUUACUGUAAAGCAUUUAAUUUAGUUAAACAAAACAGGCAAAUCUGACGGAAAGCAACCCAUAACCGAAUAAUUUAUUUGUAAAGUAGAUAAAUUGAUUCUAUUUUCUUUGUUUAUUAUCUUCUUCUAAUGUAAAUCUCUCACGAUGCCCUAAUGGGUGAUACCAGAGUAAGUGGUUUCUUCCUGAAUAUGAACAUAAAAAAAUGAAUAUAUUUUCCGAAAAGCAAUUCAAGUCUUCAGUAACGAAACAUUCACGCGUACACUCAAGCUAGACCGGAAUGGAUUCAGUUUUGGUGAAUUGUGCAACAGCAUGAUUGUGCGAAUGAACGGAAGGCGAAAGUAUAGUAAUAAAGUAAACGAAAAUUAGCUAUCCAUUUGUAUAAAACAAGAAAAAUCAACAAGUACAGAAGAUUGUAUAAGCGAAAGCAAAUGUACUCUUUUUUGAAAUGUGGAGAAAGAAGAAAAGAUAUCAAAAAUAAAAAAGCGAUAUAACGUUUAAAAAUUAUUAA